AUGGCACUGUCCUUCUCCACUAAGAAUACAACCCCCCAGAAAUACCGCGACUUCAUAGAAUCUCUGCGACAGCGACUCACAGCCGGACGAUCUAAUUCACACGGUAUACCGGUGCUACCUAGAAGAGAAGAUGUGCCAGACGCACAGCGCUUUCUUCUUGUUGAUCUCACAAACUCUGGAAACAAUACCAUCAAGCUCGCAAUCGAUGUGGUGAACGCUUACGUGGUGGGUUAUGCUGCAGGUGGCCGAUCCUACUUUCUUAAAGAAAAUGCUCGUGAGAAUCCGCCUCCAAUCCACACCUUGUUCAGCGACACCACUCGGAUGCCUCCUCUAGACUUCGACGGCAGCUACACCGGUCUUUCGCGAGCUGCGCAAGAAGCAGUGAAACGGAAUAUAGCACGUGAUCGUGCUCGUAACCCAGCAGUGGCAGAUCUGCAUCCAGAUACAUCUAUUCUUGAGCGGAUACCUCUGGGACGCAAUGAACUAGAUGACGCCAUCAACCUGUUGCGCUUGGCACCAUCCCAGUCCGACCAAGCUGUAGGGUUUAUAGUGGUAAUUCAGAUGAUCUGCGAAGCGGCAAGGUUUCGGUUCAUUGAGGGUCUAAUCCGCAAUAGCAUGAAGGAUGUCUACGAUCCCAUUAUACCAGGCCUUGCAAUUCGGAGCCUGGAAACCCAUUGGUCUGAUCUCUCUGAAGAGAUCCAGAGGGUUCCGGCCAAUCAAACACCAUUCCAGAAGGCUGUUGUGCUCCAUAAUAUCAAAAAUGAACGCGUUGAAGUACGCAGUGUUGACUCAGACGUUGUUCGGGGUGUCGCUAUGCUGCUCUACGAUCGAAACCAAAAUGCCAAUCCUGGACCUUCAACGAAAAAGCCUCUGUUAAAGAAUCUAAAGCCUCACAUCGGAAAACCCAAAAAAUAA